UCAAAAAUGCAUCAAUCAUUUAUGUCGCCUUCAUCAUUGGCCAGAAAGAGUAUCGUCGAAAGACGGUUAACUUUACGAAGAGAGACUCAAAAAUGUACGUACUACUCAAAGAUCUUGUAAUUAAUAUGUACAGAUAUAAAAUAAAAUUUACCAAUUUUUUAAAUAAAUGAACGAUUCAUAUAAAGAUAGUUACAUGAGAAAGCUCUAUUAUAGACUAAAACUUCCCUGAGAUUACACAGUUUCAUAUUACUUAUUAUUGAUCAAACAAUUCUUGAAAGCUAGUUGUAUUGUCAAGUUCCUUGAAAAUCGUUCUUCUCUUUUUCUCAUAUUUCUUUAAAAAAGUUUCUAAGUUAGAUUUUGUGAAGUAUCAUGCCUAUUGAACCAUCAUUGUUAGAAAGAAGACUUUGCGAAGCGUUUGAUGUGUUUGAUAAUGCAAGGAGUGGAGAGGUAGAUGUUAGAGAUUUGGGAACUAUAAUUAGAGCAUUAGGAUGUGUCAUCACGGAAGCUGAGUUACAAGAAAUACAAGUAGAAGUAGAAGAUGUCGAAAAUAAUUGCGUGCCACUGAACAGAUUUGUGGAAUAUAUGAGCAAAGCGAUUAACGAACGCAAGUUUAAACCAGCAGAACCAGAAGAGUUAUUGAAAGCGUUCCAAUUAUUAGAUCCUGAAAAUCGCGGAUAUAUCAUGAAAGAUGAUUUAGAGAAAUCAAUUAUGGAAAUUGGGGAACCAUUUACAAAGGAAGAAGUGGCCGAUAUGAUGGCCGUAGCCUGCGAUGCCGAAACUGGAAAAAUUAAUUAUGAGCAUUACAUCAAUUUGCUAAUUGUAAAAAUUCCCGAAAAUAUUAAUGUAUAUAAUAUUAUUGAUGAAAUGGAAACUGCAAAAUUGGCAGAAUUGCCUAAAAGGCGCAGAUGGGAAAGCAUUUUGUUUAAGGAAGAUAUUACCUGACACAAAAUAUAUUACUUUAGUGGCAAUAAUUUAUAUGAAAAGGAUAUGAUAUCAAUAUAAGAAAUAUU